AUGUGGACCCCAGGCAGUCCUGAGUUCUGCUUCCUUCCAGGGUCACUGCCCAAGCCCUCCCUCAGUGCCUGGCCCAGCUCGGUGGUACCUGCCAAGAGCAAUGUGAUUCUGAGAUGCUCGACUCCUACCAGAGAUGUAAACUGUGUUCUCAGAAAGGGAGGAAUUAUUUUGGAGUCCCUGAAGGAACUGGAUUCUGCAGAAGGUCUGGCUGAAUUUCAUCUCAGUGACCUACAACAGAGUGAUGCUGGAGGGUACACAUGUGAAUGCUACAGAAAAGGGCUCCCCAACACAAUGUCACAGCGCAGUGAUGUCCUUCUAUUGUUGGUUACAGGACAUUUACCUAAACCAUCUCUCCAAGCCUUCCAAAGGGGUAAGAUCACCGCAGGAGAAGAGGUGACUCUGCAGUGUCAGAAGCCAGACAACUUGAUUGUGCCUACAGUGUUUGCUCUACUGAAGGCAGGAACUUCAUCACCCAUACAGCUUCAGAGGCCAACAGGGAAGGAGACUGAUUUCUCUCUUCAGCAUGUGACAGUCAAUGACACUGGGGAAUACAGCUGUGUGUACUACCUGGCAAAGGCUCCUUUCUGGGCCUCAGACCCCAGUAAUCACCUUGAGAUCUUGGUGACAGUUUCCCCAGGCACCACGUUGAGUGAUUAUACCAAGGGUAACCUCAUCCGACUGGCUCUGGCUGCCAUAAUUAUGAUUAUUAUAGGAGUCCUUCUGAUUGAAGCCUGGCAUAGCCAGAAGCAGUCUCCAAGCGAAUCCAGAUCAUCCACCAUGGUCAAAUGGAAUUCAUCCCAAGAAUGCAAGGAUGGUUCAGCAUAUGCAAAUCAAUAAAUGUGAUGCAUCACAUCAACAGAAUGAAAGAUGAGAACCAUGCAAUUGUUUCAUUAGACGCAGAAAAAGCAUUUGGUAAAAUUCAACAUUACUUCAUGAUUAAAAACUGUCAAUAAAUUAAGUACAGAAAGAAUAUACCUCAUCACAAUAAAGGCCAUAUGAUAAAUCCACAGCUAACAUCAUACUAAAAGGGGAAAAGUCGAAAGUGUGUCCUCUA